GAAUUUUUAAAGUUAGAUUAAAGGUUUCUUAAAUGACUUAUAAAAUAUGGAAGAUCAAAUAAAAAACGAAGAAAAGGAGAAAAAUAUAAAAGAAACAUCUGUAUCCUCAGAUAUACCAUCAUUGGAGAAUAUAACACUUAAACAUGAAAUUGCAGUAAAAGCUAAACAAAAAGCAGAACAAGAUCGAAUAGUUUUUCGUUUAAAUGACAUUAUUAGAAGAAAUUCAACAUUACCAGUAAAUAUUUCAUCAAUUAGAGUGAUUGGAGCACCAAAUGUUCGACAAUCCUUCCUUAAAAAGGUAUUAUUUCCAUCAGAUGACAAAGAUAAUGAGGGAACACUUGUAUCGUCUUUAAAUUCUAUUCAGAGACGCGCGUCUCAGCUCGAAAAAUUUGGAAUUUUUGAAAAAAUCUCUAUAACAGUAGAUCAAGCAUCUUCACCACUUUCAGGAAAAGAUGAUAUUGAUGUUAUUUUUCAUGUAAAAGAAAAAUCUAGAUUAUGGGCAAGAACAGGAACAGAUGUAGGUAAUGGAGAGGGCUCUGCAUAUGGUAGUUUAAAUAUUCGAAAUACAUUUGGUGGAGCAGAAAAUAUUCAAGCAAAUGUAACAUUUGGAACACAUACUCGGUCAGCAUUCGAAACUAAAUUAAUUACACCUAUUAAUGCUAACCCGGAUUCUCAUUUCGAAUUAUCGGCUUUUAGUAUAUCUAGAGACAAUCGUUUUUAUGCAUCUCAUGAAGAACUUUUAAAAGGAUGUAUCGGAAGAUUUACUUGGUUAUCUCGUCUAGGUCUUCAUGACGUUUCAUAUAACGGAAUAUGGAGGCAAAUAGGCAAUCUCUCUCAUACGGCAUCACCAACUGUAAGAUUAUCUUCUGGUAAUUCAUUUAAAUCUUCAAUUGCACACACUUUCACAAUUGAUACACGAGACAAUACCUUGCUUCCAAGCUCUGGUUUUUUAUUUCGUACAUUUCAAGAAAUAUCUGAUCCUCGUAUUUUAGGAGGAGAUGUAUCUUUUAUAAAAGCAGAAACAGAAUUUUCUAAGGCAAUACUACUUUCAAGAUUACAAGAAAUUAUUCUUAAUAAAACUAUUAAGACAGGAAUUUUAUGGGGGUUAAGUAAAAAAGAAACAAAAAUAAAUGAUAGAUUUUAUUUGGGCGGUGCAACUAAUGUAAGAGGUUUCUACUAUAAUGGAUUGGGUCCUCGUGAUGGAAAUGAUACAAUUGGUGGAGAUGUUUAUUUAGCUUCUAGUAUUUCACUCAUAACACCCAUACCAAAUUUUAAACAUUGGCCAUUAAAAUUUCAAACUUUUAUAAAUACUAGUUCAUUAUUAUUAUUAAAUAAAGAAAAUUUAAAAGAAUCUAUAUAUGAACUUGUUUGUAAACCUUCAAUAGCAGCAGGAGUAGGGCUUGUAUAUUGUCAUGCAAUUGCUCGUAUCGAAUUAAAUUUUUGCCUUCCUAUAGUAACUAGAAUUUCUGACAGAGCUAGAAAAGGAAUUCAAUUAGGUCUUGGUGUUCAAUUCAUGUAAUUCUAUAGAAAAUUCAAAACUCUACAUAAAUAUAUCCAAAAUUU